AUGGGCAAGAUCAACCUGACCGCGCUCCGCGUGCGCAAGACGGCGCUCAACCAAUUCGCCAGCGGAAAGAUCAACAAGCUUCCUCAAUGGGUCGACGUUGUGGGAGAUAUUCCACCAUCAGAGACCUUGAUCCGAAGACCCACUCCUCAGCACCAGCUUGUUCGCCAACGGCUGAAGACUGUUGCCGGAUCGUCGAAGCCGCAGGUCGUCUUCGAGGUCCAGGAGAAGCCUCGCAAGUCCAAGAAGCCCAGUCGACUUUUCCAGCCUGUCGAGUUGAAGUAUGAGGAGGAUGAAUUGCGGCACAACUUUUUCCGAGACCACCCAUGGGAGCUUGCUCGACCUCGUGUGCUCCUCGAGAGCACUGGCAAGGACCACGAGAAUUAUGACUGGAGUCGGAUUACACAGCCUGGGAAGCGACUAGAUGGAGAAAGUGUUGUCCAGCGUCAGCUUUGGCUCCUGAACAAUGUCCCCGAUAUGACCAAGAGCCACGCAUAUGACAUUGCACGACGUGAAUUUUACCGUCUGCGGCUGCAGGAGGAUAUUCAGCGACGGGUUGCUGCCGAGGAGGCUGAAGCGACUGGUGCUCAGUUCGGUCCGUCCUACCUGGAAAUCGGCAUGGACUUGGAGAACCAGCAGUACGAGAAAUGGAAGGCAUGGGCCAAAACAGAAGCCCAGCUGUUUGAUCAGCGUACGGCAGCACUGUCUGGCGCCCCUGAGGUUGCGCUUGAGCAGCAGAGCCAAACGGAGGAGACCUUUACGGAGCUGACAGACCCAGUUACCGUUUAG